UCGAGUAAAGGGUGCAGACCUGUUAGCCGGGCAUGGAUUUGCAGAGGAACCUUCUUCACAGGAUUAUCCAGUAUAAAGAAAAUUAUAGAGUUAUUUUUUAGACGAGGUUGAGUUCAAGUUGCUCUUUGGUUUCUGUUAUGCACUCUACCAUUGGGUGAAAAUACUCCAGUGGAAAUCGAGAUUCAUAGAAGUUCGUAUAUCUUCUCUCUAGGUGAUCCCUUAUCUUGUUGAAAUUCAAAUUGGAUUUAGUGUACAGCCUCACAUAACUGCAUGAAAUGUUACGGAAAGUGAUAGCUGAUUGCAGCACCUUCUGAUGCAUAAUGACAAUUGAGCUCUGCAAUGAGGGUUGUUGGUUUACUAAGAAUAUCUAGUGAGAACAAUUCCAGGGAUAUAUCAAUCUCUUCUAUACAUAGUAUUUUGUGAAACUGGUGGCUAAUGUCGACAUCUUCUAUGCAUAAUGACUGUUGGGCUCCGCAAUGUGGGUUGAUCUAGUGAGAAUAGUUCCAGGCAUAUUAUCAAACGCCUCUACUUGUACCUGCCCAAGGAGAACAUUAUUCUGAUCUAGGAGAUACAUAAGUUUAUUUGGAGAUGGUGGCACCCAUGAUGGAUGAAAAUGAAUGGAAAAGGGGAAGGAAUGAAUCAAAAGAUGAGAUUCCCCUAUCUGAACUGCUGGAUUUGGAAAUUAGAUGGCCUUCCGAGGCUGAGAUAGCUCAGUUGAGUACUUCAGAUUCUGCAGCUUUUCUGGGAAGAAGUUCAUUAAGUUUGGCUGGAGUUGAUCUUGAUAGUUAUUUUGACCGGAAAGAAUCUGAUUCAGAUGUGUUUGAACAGAACUUGACUUCUGGAAGACAGGUGGGUACUGCUGUAGAUAAUACAUUCCAAGCGAAUGAAAAUCUUAGUUUGUUUCAGAAUGUACAAGCUUCAGAAGUGGCUUCAGGGUCUGCAGAAAAUCGGAGUGGUGAUUCGUUUUCCAGUUGGGAAGCUAGCUUUACAUCAGCUAGUUCUGGUCCUAUUCAUGAAUUGUCCAAAUCUGUUGAUAAUUCUAAAGUUGAUUUUGAUACAGCACCUGGACUCUGGAAAGAUUCUGUUGGUGGUAAGGAGAAUGACAAUUUCAAUGCCUCAGCAUCCACAGAACAUGAUUAUUUUCAGGGUGAUGGAUCGAGAACUUCAAACUCUAUGUUACAUGCCCAGACUGGGAAAUCAGAAUCGACCAUUGAUCAUAUUGGUACGAAAACAACAGACAGUGCUAGUGGUUCUAGUAGAAAUCUUGAGUGGAUGCAAGAUGACCUAAGGCAAGGGAGUGAUAACAAGACUACUGAUCCCGUGGCUAAUGCUGAAGAUAAAUUUUCAUUUGAUGAAUGGAAUGAUUUUACUGGCUCAGCUAGCACACAAGACCCUUCUAGUACUGCUACCAGCUCAAAUACAACUGGCCAGACUGGAAAUAUUGGCUUUUCUGUUGAUUUUAAUGAUGCCAAAAUAGCGGAAGAUGCUAAUAGCUCUUCUAGCAAGGAUUUUGAUUGGAUGCAACAUCAGUGGCAAGAUAGCAAUAAUAAAACAACAGAUACCAUCAGUGCUAAUGUAGCUGUGGUCUCAUUUGAUUCAUGGAAUGACUUCACUGGCUCAGUCAAUACACAACAAUCCUCCUUUGGUGUAUCCAACUCAGAGAUAAUGAACCAGAAUGAUACAUUUGAAUUGACGCAGGAUCGUAAUGAUACCAGAACAGCUGAAAGUGCUUCUGGUACUUCUGGUAAUUUUGAUUGGAUGCAAGAUGACCAGUGGCAGGGCAUUGAUACCAAGGCAACUGGUAUUGUGACUACUAAAAAAGUGGCUGAUUCAUUUGAUGCAUGGAAUGAUUUUACUGGCUCAGCUAUUUCACAUAAUCCUUCCAGUGUUGUUUCCGACUCUUUGAUUACUGCCCAGACUGGGACAUCUGCUGAAGUUACUCCUGAUCUUAAUGACAUGAAAACAGAAAAGGACACUAAUGCUUUUGCUCAUGAUAGUUUUGACUGGACUCAAGAUAACCAAUGGCAAGACAGCAACAACAAAACAAAUGAUACCAGGACUACUAAUGAUAUUGAUUCAUUUGAUGAUUGGAAUGACUUUACUAGCUUGGCCACUAAGCAAGACCAUUCCAGCAAUGUUUUGAACCAAACUGCAAAUCAGACUUCUGCUGAAAGGACAUCUGAAACGAAUUUACUCAGUUUGUCAAUCGGAUCACAAAAUAUAGAAUUUAGCGGGAUUCCACAGCAUGAUUUAUUUCCAGGACAGUUUGGUAGUUCACCGAGUUCUCUUCAAGCUGCUUAUUCCAACAGGGUGGCUGAAGUGGAUGUCAAGAGAGAAAACCCUGGAGAUGUUUCCACUGCAGUAGGGUCAAAAGAUGACGUAGAGAUGCUGAUGUCACAGAUGCAUGAUCUCUCCUUUAUGCUUGAGAACAAUCUUUCAAUUCCCCCAAAGUAAGGCGUAACUAAUUAUUUUGUUCGCUUGUAUUAUGAUUACUUUUGUAAUCUGUGGUAUAGCCCGUUCUUUCUGGGAAUUUGUUCUUUGUCGAAUGAGUAGGGAAUAAUAUGGCUUUGAUUCUGAUUUCCAGUUUUCCCUUUAUAUUUUUUUUUGGGUAAUUCCCUAAGUUAAGAUUUUCGAUAGUAGACCAAAGUUGUUGGUAUGUCUUAUUUGUAGAAUGCUGUUACUACUGUAUAUUAUCUGGCAGUUUAUGCUUGGUAGUGAUUGUGACGUU